GGUUGUACCGCGCGGACGUAGAAACGGUUGUUAACCGACGACUGACGGUGGAACUCGCGCACCGAAAUGUGUUUUCGCGGUCGCAACUAUUUCGUUCUUCUCUGUGUAUUAACCCCAAUAACUAACAAUAAUUAAUACAAUCCAAACGAAAAUAAGUUUUCAAAUAAAUCUCGUUUGUUUCGAAAAGGUUAUAAACAAAAUCGACGCUGUGAUAAUAACAACAAAAAAAAAUUGAACAGAAUCGGAGGUGAAUCUAAAGAAAAGCAUAAGAAGUGUAUAAGAAAAAGUUUUUUUGUACUGAAAAAUUAUCGGAGACAAAAGUGAAGUUUUGUGGAUUUUUUCGGUUGUUGUUGUUUAUUUUGGUUUUGCGGAUUUAAGUUUUUGGUUUAAAUAAAUUUAUUUUUAUAAUUGUGGUGAAUUUUGGGAUUUGAGGGGGGUUGUGGUUGAUAUAGCGACUUUACCGGGUUUUUCCGAGCUGCAGAUGGGAGUGUUUGAAGAGGGGACUUCAUGCACACCCGGGAUGCAUUGGCAGCAGCACGAACAUUUCAUAGGCCCGGCUUACGAUCCGUCAAGAGAUCUUUCGCCGAACUUACCGUCCUGCGAGUCGUCAAUGGGUGACGUAGACGCGAGCAUCUCCAGCAGCAGCUCUUGCAGUACGCCGUCCAAUAACAAUAAUCAGCAGGCGCCGUGCGCUUCGGAGGUGUGCCGUCCUCAUCAACAACCCCAACACCAUCACCACCACCAUCAUCACCAUCAACAUCAGCAGUGUCGGAGAUCGCACGAUUGUUCUUCAACGGCUGCUUCUCAAGGUCAACCCGACGGUGACGACGAUUUUUGCCCGCCAAAUUUCGAACAUCAAAUCCCGAAACUUGAACCUUUACAAACGCCGCGAACUCCGCCGACUCCUCCACCGGGAGGACCUGGUGGUGGUAAUCCGGGGGACCAAGACGCGAUUUGUGCCGGUUGUGGAGCCCGCAUUACCGAUCGUUUUUAUUUGCAAGCCGUUGACAGACGGUGGCACGCUGCUUGUCUUCAGUGCUGUCAGUGUAGGAACACUUUGGAUGGUGAAAUCACGUGUUUUUCACGGGAUGGAAAUAUUUAUUGUAAAAAAGAUUAUUAUAGGUUAUUUGGUAUGAAACGUUGCGGAAGAUGUCAAGCGACGAUUCUAUCGUCAGAAUUAGUGAUGAGAGCCCGUGAAUCGGUGUUUCACGUGCACUGUUUUAGCUGUGUCGUUUGUAACGCGCCCCUUACGAAAGGGGAUCAUUUUGGCAUGCGCGACGGCGCCGUCUUGUGCCGCCUCCAUUUCGAGAUGUCGCUCGCUUCGGAACCGCACCCCGCCGCCGUCGCCGCCGCCGCCAUUUACGGCGGAGGGACGCCGAAUUCCGUUUACCCUCAAGGACCAUUCGGCAGUCCGGAUUUCCACCCUCAUCAUCACCAUCAUCACCAUCAUCAUCAUCCCCCGCUUCCACCACCGACGCCCGUUGAUGCUACCACCGUUGCUAAGGUUCCAUUUCCCUCGCCGUAUAAUGGUGCCACCCCUACGCCUAGACAGAAAGGGAGACCAAGAAAAAGAAAACCUAAGGAUCUUGAAGCUAUGACAGCUAGUUUAGAUAUCAACUCCGAUUAUUUGGAUAUGCCAUUUGGUAGGUCGCCGGGUACCCCUGGGAUGCCGGGUUCGAACCAAAGAACGAAACGGAUGCGAACCUCCUUUAAACAUCACCAAUUGAGAACGAUGAAAUCGUACUUUGCUAUCAAUCAUAAUCCGGAUGCUAAAGAUUUGAAACAAUUAUCACAAAAGACUGGUUUACCGAAAAGGGUUUUACAAGUUUGGUUUCAAAAUGCACGGGCAAAAUGGAGGAGGAUGAUGUUAAAACAAGAAGGAAAAGGUGGUGAUAAAAGUGGUGAAAGUAUGAGUGAUAUGGACAUUUAUCCAGGACCGGGUUCGAUAGGUGGAAGUAUUCAAUCGUUGAAUCCUCACAGUCCGCCGUUUUUAAUGAACCCGAAUAGUCCGUCAUCAUCGCUAGAUUGUUCGUAAAUACUUAAAAGAAAUUGUUUUUGUACUAUAAUUUUGUAUAAAUAAAAAAGUGUUAAAAAGUGAAGAUAAAAAUAAUGAAAGACAAAAAAGAGACUUUAUAUUUAUUUAAAAUGCUGUCGGUUUUAAGUCGAAAAGGGCACGUUUCCUACGUAAAAAGGUGCAAACUACGAGAAAUAACUAUUAUUGUAAAGUAAUUUUGGGUGAUGACGCGUCGACUGGUGCCCGAUGAUGAUGUGUCAUCGCCUUACACUCUCACAAAAAAAAAUAAAAUAAUAAAAAUAAAAAUAAAUUGUAAUUAAAAAAAAUGUGCACGUUGUUUUUUAGGUGGUACAAUUUUGUUCCUACAUAAGAUCUAGUUUUUUUUGUUCCAAUUUAAAAUAAAUUUAAUUUAACAAUAACUUAAUUAUUAAAAAAAAAUCGUAUUUUUU